GUCAGCUGCUCACGAUGUUCACGGCACUGCUCGCGUCACGCCGUGCUACGCCGUGCAUUCACCGCCAAACACGAUUAUAUGCUGCUGUUUCCGCCUCAUCACCCAUAAACCCUCACACUGUUGGACCAUACAGGAUCUUUGACCGUCAUGCUAAGCGACGACAGAAAGAUCGCUCGGCUCUCCGAGAAGCAGGAGUGCGGAGUCGGACGGUCGACUAUGUGAGAGAUGAAGUUGCAGAUAGGAUGAUUGAGCGGUUACUGGAUAUCAAAAGGAAAUUUAGCUCCAUACUUGAUGUCGGUUCUGGGCCAGGACACUUUUCCAAGCUCCUUGAAUCGCAGACUACGGAUAAGGUGGUAAUGCUGGACUCGAGUGAACACCUACUGUGCCGGGAUCCCGACUCUGACUUUGAAGUCGAGGUCGAGCGCAUACACGCCGAUGAAGAAAGCCUGCUCAACGUAAUACCACCUAACUCCCAAGAGGCCAUCGUCUCGUGUCUGAGUCUACACUGGAUCAAUGAUCUUCCAGGUAUUCUUGUACAGAUCAAGGAAGCCCUCCAGCCGGAUGGGGUAUUUCUAGGGGCCUUAUUUGGCGGAGACACAUUAUUUGAGCUUCGGACUUCCCUUCAACUUGCUGAGAUGGAGCGCGAGGGCGGUAUAUCCCCUCAUAUCUCUCCUAUGGCCGACUCCCGCGACGUGUCGAACCUGCUCGGCCGUGCAGGAUUCACGCUGCUCACGGUAGACGUAGACGAAGUGAAAGUAGCCUACCCCUCAAUGUGGGAACUUAUGGAAGACCUGCGCGACAUGGGCGAAAGCAACGCUGUCAUAGGGCGGCGCAACUAUAUACACCGUGAUACGCUUGCUGCAGCCUCAGCAAUUUACAAAGAGCUACAUGAAAAUGAAGAUGGCUCCAUACCCGCGACAUUUCAGGUCAUCUACGUGAUUGGCUGGAAGCCGUCGCCAAAGCAGCCGAAACCACUCGAGCGUGGCACCGCUGAAAUGAAUCUGAAGGAAAUAUUGUGA